AUGGCCUUUAACCAGUCUGAUGCGUUGCCAACGAAGGGCGCUAUGUCCCAAUUGGACACCGCAAUGCUGGAGACGCUGGUGCCAGGAUAUACAUUCAUUUCGCGGUUCUUCUUGUCAUAUCUUCACAUCGACUUGACGGCAUACCUGCAAUAUCUUGUGGCAUUGGCCGUGUUGGGUGCAGCCCUGAGAUACAUCCUUCAGUAUCUAUCGGAGUUCUUCAAGCAAUACCUCGUCUCAACGGCUGAGAUUCGUCUUGAUGAUGAGAUUUUCAACUAUCUCAUGUAUUGGAUGUCCCGCCAGCCACACAUGAAGCGAACAAAUCGGUUCCUUGCCGGUGUCAAGACCAAUGGCUACUGGAGCGACAACGACGACUCUGAUGCCGAGGACUCUGACGACGACGCUGGCGAUGAAGACUGGCAUGACCCCGCCGGCCAUGCGGAGCGUGCAACCUUCGAUGAGUACUGGGCCAAGGCUGUCAAUCGGGACAAGUACAAGACGCUGCGAUUCACCCCCUCCCAAGGCCGUCAUUUCUUCUGGUUCCAGGGCCGACCGUUGAUGCUCGAGCGACAACACCAGAACCAAACCGCCCGAUGGGUGCUCAACAACGAGCGACUAUAUCUGUCAUGCCUGGGCCGGGAUCCAGCCAUCCUCAAAACGGUGAUGGCCGAGGCCCAGCGCGCCUAUGUGGAACGCGAUGGCAACCGGACUAUCAUCUAUCGCGGACAGCGCCUUUCAUCAGGUAAUCAAUUUAUGUGGGCCCGAUGCAUGUCUAGAUCUCCACGGUCGUUAGAUACUGUCAUCCUCGACGAUAAACAGAAACAGGACUUCUUGUCCGAUAUUCAAGACUACCUGCUACCUCGCACUUCCCGCUGGUAUGCCAGCCAUGGAAUCCCGUACCGGCGUGGCUAUUUGCUGUACGGCCCCCCGGUACUGCUGUACCUUCUCAACCUGAAUUCCCGUGCGCUGGACGAGGACAACCUCUAUUCGCUUUUCUCAGAGCUACCUCGGCGAUGUAUUGUCCUUCUCGAAGACGUUGACACGGCGGGUAUCACGCAAAGCCGCGGCCGGUCUGUUGUCGGCAAGACACCUAUCCCCAAGGACAAUCAGCCAGAGGCCGGAAUUCUCCCAGAGGCCCCGGAGGAUCCGCCCAAGCCUGUGGAUACCACAUCUUCGGACAAAUCCGAGCGCGAUGGGAUUACUCUAUCCGGACUCCUCAAUGUCCUUGACGGCGUCGCUGCCAGCGAAGGUCGGAUCCUCGUCAUGACCACGAAUCAUCCGGAAAAGCUAGAUGCCGCACUUCGGCGCGCGGGCCGCGUCGACAUGGACAUUGCGUUCCGAUAUGCCAUCGACGAGGAUAUUGAGAAACUUUUCAAGUCCAUCUAUUCAAUUCAUAAGAACGAAGCCUCUCCCCGAAGUUCCAAGCGGUGGUCCAAAAGUAUAAAUGGGGACGCAGGAAUCAAACAAGAAGCUCGCACCGACAAGGCUCCAACCAAGCAAUACACCGAAGAAGAACAACAAAGACAGACAGAGUUCCGGAAACAGCGUCUCGAUAUGGAGGCUCGAAUAGUAGCCCUUGCUAGGGAAUUUGCGUCUGUAGUACCGAGUGGGGAGCUCUCACCUGCGGAUAUCCAGGGUUAUCUUCUUACGCACAAGAAUGCUCCAGAGGCCGCGGUUAAAGGAGCACCUGCGUGGGUGCAAGAUGUGAUGGAGAAAAAGCAGCGCGCAAAAGAAGAGCUGGAAAAAAGGAUUGCAUCUGAAAGUUCUAUCUAG